AGGUAAAACUUUGAAAAUUAUGGCAUUCGUGUGGAAAGAUUACUAUAGUAUUUCAAAAAGGGUAUUGUUAUUCUGCGGUCAGUGGCCUUAUCAGGAAAAACGAGCAAGGCUUUUUCAAUUGAGCACGGUGACUUUGGUGAUUUUUUCGCAGACUUUUCCACAGGUGGCCCAAAUUUUUAACUGCGAUGGAAACGCGCGAUGUAUUCAAUUGACAAUACCAGUGCUUAUGUUGAUGGUUGUAUUUCUGGUGAAACUAUAUACGUGCCAAUUUAAUAGUAACAAAGUACGCCAAAAUUUAUAUUUAAUCGGAAAAUAUUUAUUCAAAUUUCAUUAUUCUUUGCGAUCGUCGGACUCUCCCAGAGAUUUUACAUUCAUUGAGGAUGUUUUUAGAUCAAAAGUCUCACUGACUUCCUGUGUGACGAUUGGGAGAAGUUGAAUAGCAAGGAGGAAUAUGAAAUUAUGAAAAAGUAUGCCACGAACGCAAGAUUGAUUACUUUCGCAUAUGUCUGUAAGGAUGAAUCAUUCGAUAUUAUUUUUAUUUUAAUGAAUGACGGACAAUUAUUCGUUUUGUUGUAGUAUAUUUGUACGUGUUCAGCAGUGCGUUCAUAUUACUUCCCCUUGUACCCAAAUUGCUGAACAUUGUAUUACCACUCAACAAAUCCCGACCUAUAACAAUGCCUUACAACGUCUA